AUGGCAAAAAUGUCUAGCCCUACCGAGACCAAGCAGUGCAUUGAGUCUCCGACUGCUGUUUUCCAGAAGUUUGCUGGAAAGGCGGGUAACAACUGCACACUCUCCAAGACAGAGUUCCUAACCUUCAUGAAUACAGAAUUGGCUGCCUUCACAAAGAACCAGAAGGACCCUGAUCGCAUGAUGAAGAAACUGGACCUCAACACUGACGGGCAGCUAGAUUUCCAAGAAUUUCUUAAUCUUAUUGGUGGCAUGGCCGUAGCUUGCCAUGACUCCUUUACAAGGUCUACCCAUUUCCAGAAGUAA